ACGACGACGACCCUGGAAUGUUCAUUCUGGUUCAUAGAACGCAUAUAACACGUCAAUUGCUCGUAUAAAGACGCGUCGAAUUGUCGUCUGCACUGACAGACACUCUCCUCUACUGACGCCAUACCCAGGGUGCAUUUGCUGAUGCGCUUGUGAUCGCGGAUCUUCCACCUUCACAGCAGACAUGUACGGCGAGCUCGGCAACAAGCUGGUCCAACAUGCGAAACGCACGCAAUCUCUAGCCCAUCUCCCGCCAUACCAAGCGGAAAUGGUACGCGCCGUAACACGCGAAGUCCGCGACCUCGAAAAGGACCGCGCUUCUACAUUGGAGUCACUAGCUGGCUCUUUCGACCCCUCUACAGACCCCGCGACCGCGUGUGCACUGCUCGUUAACCACCUCUGCCAGCGACGGAACAAACGAUGCAUGUUGGCCUACCAUCGCGUGCGGUCAGACAAGCUGGAGGAGAUGUGCUGGAGCGGCAUCGAUGUGCUCGAGAGACAACAGCAAGCGGGCAAGGCUGGAGAGAGCGCUGGGUCGCUGGGCGCGGAGGUGGGCAACAUGAGCAGUCUCAGUCCGGAGGAGGAGGAAUACGUGCGGCAGUACAGCGACCUGCUGGCGGCGUAUAAAGGGCAGUGGACAGACAUUGAUCUCACGGGAAGCCUCGAGCCGCCGCGGGACCUGUUCAUCGACGUUCGGGUGCUGAAGGAUGCAGGGGAGAUUCAAACGGAAUACGGGGCUAUUACUUUGACCAAGAACAGCCAGUUCUACGUCCGACAGGGGGAUGUCGAGCGGCUCAUCGCUCAAGGGUACCUCCAAAAGCUGAGUUGAUGGGAUGGCAGUCGAAGAAACCAAGGACACGAGGGCUUGCUCCUGUGCACCCUCAUCUCCCGGGGCUGGGAGACACGAUGCUCCCACACAUGCCCAAGGGAAAUCUGAUGGAAGUCUCUUCGCAUGCGGCCUCCACUCCGACGCCGCUGUCGAGUAAGGCAGGCGACUUGGCAUAUAGUUUUGCCCGUCCCAUGACUCUGCAGGAUGCCAGUCGCGGCAUGGUGGGCCGUUUAAUGUGCGGAGAAGGGAACCGGUGGAGUGGAGCGCGAUGGGGGUCAAAAGCAAUAUAAGCGCCCACAAGAGGGGCACGGCGUCCCAAAAUGUGUGUUCGGCCGUCACGAGCGGGUUUGAUUUGCUGGGAGCGUGAGGCGCUGCGGAUGCAUGUCGCUAAAUCCUUCAACGGGAGCACCUGGCGGGGCUGAAAGCUUAGCUGCAGUGCUCCCUGGCUCGUCUUGCGAUGUCGUCAAAUCUCUG